CUGGAGAGGAUACUCUUUUCCCCAAAAAUGUUAAUUAACGUUAUCACAUUGGACUAAAACUUACUGACUCACCCAGGGCAUAACUAGUUCCCCAACAUUUGUUUUGCGGGGAAUUUUCUUGUGAUUUAAUGAAGUAAAUAUUAAAGGCUUGAGAAAGCACUGACACAGCACUGCAUGGGGGUUUUCCUGGUUUCAGUUUCCCAAAGACUGCCACUUGCUCUUAUACACAGACCAGAACAAAAGGCUUGUACAAGUAUGUUUAGGGUUGUUUUGGGUGUGUUCAUGUACCCCAGCGGGUAACACCUGGUUUCGGGAGCAUCUUGCAUCUUGAAAUGACACCACCCAAAGAGGAGAACAGGAUUCUUUACAGUCUUCAAUCCUUAUUGUGUUCAGUGACUGCAAUGAAAUUAAGACCAUUUUACCAAUCGCACUGCGGCAUUUAAAACAUAAAAGGGAAACAAUACAUUCAAAAGAUGCAUAAUAUGUAGUGAGUAGAUCUUCUUAGAGAACUUUUAGUAAUCAGGGGGAGAGUAAGCAAGGAGGGAGAGGGGGUGCACAGAAAGGUUUGGGCCAGACCAUGUCCUGUGCUCUUGAUGGUCUCCUGUCCAGAACGCGUAUUAGUGCUUUACUGCAGGGGCUUAUACACACAUGGAGCUCCCGACGACGCUGGCAGAAGUCACGGACACUUACUCCAACGAGAGCGCCAGGAACCAGUCCCAGGAGGCCUGUUCCCGUGAGGGCGCUCUGAAGACCGUCGUGUUCCCUGUCCUCUACAGCGUCCUCUUCGUCCUGGGCGUGUCCCUCAACGGCCUGGCAGCGUGGGUGUUCCUCCGGAUCCCCAGCAAAUCUCACUUCAUCAUCUAUCUGAAGAACAUCGUUGUGGCUGACAUUAUCAUGACCCUCACCUUCCCCUUUAAGAUCCUCGCCGAUGCAAACUUGGCAACAGUCGGCGUGCGUGUGUUUGUGUGCCGCGUGUCCUCUGUGCUGUUCUACCUCACCAUGUAUAUCAGCAUCUUAUUCUUCGGCCUGAUCAGCAUCGACCGCUGCAGAAAGACCAUGUGGCCCUUCGUAGGCACCAGCCGCAGACGCCUGCUCCACAGAAAGCUCCUCUCGGCCUGCAUAUGGACCUCUCUGUUCGCUCUCGUGCUGCCCAACGUAAUCCUGACGAGCCGCCUCAAAACUUCGGGCCGCAUUAAGUGCAGCGACCUCAAGACCGAGCUGGGACUGAAGUGGCAUGAGGUGGUCAACCACGUGUGCCAGGUGAUCUUCUGGGGGAACCUAGUGACCGUGAUAAUAUGCUACACGCUCAUCUCAAAAGAGCUCUACAAGUCGUACGCCCGCACACGGGCUCAACACGAGGCCAGACGAGGGGCGGACGUUCCCCACAGGCCGCUCAACAAGAACAGCAUUCAGGCAAACGUGUUCCUGGUGUUGGCCGUCUUCUUCGUGUGCUUUGUUCCCUUCCACUUCGCCCGAGUGCCAUACACUAUUAGCCAGACACGAGGACAGAUGUUCAACUGCCAGCAGAAGCUGUUCUUCUUCCAGCUGAAGGAGAGCACGCUGUGGCUUACCUCCCUCAACUCAGUGCUGGAUCCACUCAUCUACUUCUUCCUCUGCAAGUCGUUCCGGACAUCCCUGUUCAACACCCUGCGGCUGUCUCCCGGCCGCUGUGGGGAUCUCGGGACCGACUCCACCAGCGCUCCUGUGGACAACACGCCGAUCUGAUGGACAAGCGCCCAGUUCUUCUCCUACACUUCUACUCUACGCUGUAACAGCAACAUGCUACAUGAUGAAUCAAACCUUUUAACAACUUGCACCCUAAUUACCUCAACCUUGAUUCAAAUCAAGAGGUUUCACAUGUCAUGACUGGCUAGUGGAAGAAAGCAUGCCAGGAGAGAUCUCUUGCCUCUUGCAGGCGCGAUCCUGUUAAGAUAAGCCGACCUGUCCAGCCAUGUCAUGUGCUGGUAGCCGAAGUACCUCUGAUCCUUACUAAUUUAGAAAGGCGUGGGAUGCGUAGUAUUUGUUGUCACUGACAAACCUUUAGUGACAGGCAUCCAGAUGUGCAAAAGUACUAACAUUUUUCAUGAAAAUGAAUCCAAGUAUUGUGGAUAUCAUACUAUUAAAGACAUUACUGUAAUGAAGACACUGAUAAUAAUGAUUCUACAGCUCAAGACUGUAAGUUUUUUCCAAGUCCAGUUCAUUGUGAAGUCAACAUUUGUAAUAAAUGAACUACUGUUGUAAAAACAAAACCAUGACUUUGGCAAAAAGCGGAGAUUUAUUGUAAACCAUUUGAUUGUUGCAACACAUCACUGUUUGUCUUCGUCUGCGUCACAGCGGGACCAAAGUUGCUUCCCAAACUGUCUGUUUGAGGUUGUUGCACACUUUAACAUAAAAUGUAAUGUUUUUAAGACCCAAACUAAUAGAAAUUAAUACCAUGCUUCUACACAAAAA